ACUUGAUAGUGGAAUGUGAAGGGUAGUGGUGCGCGUUGUUUUUAUUACACAGCUGCCUUGCGCCGUUUGUUUUCGGAACAAUAUUUUUUAUUUACUAGAAAUCUUAAUAUUCUUUUAUUGCAAGUACGAUUGAUUGGUGAAUAUAGUUAGUGUUAUUGCAGACCAAAGAAACAAUUAUUACAAUAAUAACAACAAAACAGAUAAAUAUGACAGAAACAAUGGAUCAAGAACAGGUUGUGAUGACCCCUAAAUGCAAAACGCAUAACUCCACAACUCUAAUAAUAGAGAGACGUAAAAUAAACAAAACAAAUGACAAAAUGCAUGUAGCUGGAGGAGAGCACACAGGCAUAGUUAUAAAUAAAGAAGCAACAUCAGAAAACGGUGUAUCAUCGCCAGCUCAACUUUCCCUAGAAUUCCGAGUAUUUCUAGUAAGCAAAGAAACUGGAAAACACACGCCAGAAUCUCGAACGAUUAGAUUUUGGUUUAGAGAAAAUAGUAACCUGCAAGAUGAGACUGAUGGUGGGCAAGCAGGUGUAGCUCAAGACUUUUUUAGAGAAUUAGUUAGUCCUAAAGAAUUUCCUCGAGAUUAUGUUGGUUUCAUUAAAAAAAUUAUGAAAUUAAUGCAGCACAAUUUCAAAAGUAUAGUCAAAUUAGAAGUUGAAUUAAGGCAGUUAGAAGAAGCAACUGAAGUUCCGCCUCGACCACUUUCAGCAGAGGAAAACUCUUUAGGCCAUAUUGUUGUAUUAACAGUAGAAAAAGUUUUGGAAAUCAUCGAAUCUGCUUAUCCAAAUCCAAUUACAAUUAAAGAUAUAGCGAGGGAUAAUGGUUGGGACGAAGAAGAAGUGGCUCAAUGCAUUGCUGCAUUACAAUCUAGACAAGUAGUAAAAGCUAUGGAACAUGGUGCUUUCACUCGUCAACAAUCUCACGACACCCACCAAGUAACUAUAGUAAAGCAAAUGCCUACUGUUGCUAGUUCAAAACAACCCACAAUUGCCAUUAUAACAGCUCAGUACUGCGAAAAAUUGGCUGUAGAUGCCAUGAUUGAAAAUAAAGAGACUUACGUCAGAUACACUACAGUUGGUCCGUCCAGCUCGGGAGCAGAAAUAGGAAGGCCCCGAUUCGGUGAAUCGAAUGUGUACACUCUAGGAAAUAUAGGUGCUCAUAGAAUCGUGUGUACUAAGUUGCCUUCUGUUGGUCAUACUCGAGAAGCUAUGACAGCUGCUGGAAACACCACUACAAGACUUUUGGGAACUUUUCAAAGAGUUGACUAUGUAUUUCUAGUAGGUGUGGGUGGAGGUGUACCUCAUUAUACGGAUUAUAACAAACAUGUCAAACUAGGAGAUGUUGUUAUUUCUUAUCCUGUAAAGAACAAAAAUAUCUAUUUCUAUUGCGAAUCCGCGAAAUCUACAGACAAAGGCAACGAAUUCGAAAUUAAACCCUACCGUCCAUCAAACGGAAAAUUACAAGAAAUUGCUAUUCACUUGAAAACGUCUACUGACAAUGACAGUGGCUCAACUCCGCCAUGGUUGAAUUAUCUACGGGAUGGGUUGAAUAUUUUGAGCAAUCAAACAGAACCAGACUUUAACAUGCCCGAUUCUGAGACUGAUAAGUUAUAUAUGAGCAUAGGAGAAAAAGAUUUGAUUGAAGUUGCACAUCCUGCUCCCCAGGAUAGCUCCAGAAAACGGCUCGAAGGUUGCCCCCGUGUACACCUAUCCACCAUCGCUUCAGGACGUCAAGUAGUCAAAGACGACAGAUUACGCCAACAAUUCGCAAACCAAGUUGGUGCUUUGGCCUUCGAUUGUGAAUUCGAUACCGUUAUCGAAUCUAUUUUAGGUAAUUGUAAGGACAGCUUUUGCGUCAUCAGAGGAAUAUCAGACUACAAAGAUGGGACUAGGAAAAAGGAAUGGCAACCUUAUGCAUCUCUCGCUGCCGCUAGUGUUAUGAAAGCGAUUAUUUGCGGAUUAGAAAAUUAAAUUCUUUUCAUUCAAAUUACUUAUGAUAGUAACACUGAUUUUUAUUUCAUUAUGGACAAUAAUUAAGAAAUUAUGCGAUAUAUUGCAGUAAACGAGGGAUCAUGUUAUAAAAAUAUCCAAUUUUGACCAACAAUCGGGAAAAUUUAUAUAAGGGCACAACUGGGCUCAACUUAUUUCAACUAUCUCUAAAAAAUAUCCAAAUAUUGGUGGCUCAAUAGAUAAAAUUUAUUUUUGUGUUUAAUAAAAGUAACCUCACAGUAGUCUUUAAUUCAGUUCUGCUACUCCAACUAGAAAGAACUGAAGAACCAAUAUAGUGAUUAUAACCUAUUAAUUUUUUUAUCAUUAAAUUUUCUUGUAAGUUUCAGAAAUAAGUAUUUGUGUACUUCUACAUCAUGUCGCGCGUCAUAGUAGUUUUUCUCUUUAUUACUUCAAAUUAUUCAUUGUAUCAUUAUGUAUUUAUAAUGACCAUAUUAACUCAUACUAUUUGACACUCCUAGUUACUGUAAAAUUUCGUAUAAUUCUGGUAUCACACUCCUCCAAAAGAUUAAAUACAGGCUUAAAUGAAAAUUUUCGAAGGAGCAAACGAAAAAGUCGAAAUUCAUAAUAAAUUGAAUCAUCUAGAAUUGAAAAAAAAAAUCUGAAAAACGAUUAUAUCCACCUUUGGCAUGAAUAGCAUCCUGGUAUAUUCAACCCCUACCUAAAAAAAAUAUUUCCAUUUGAUUCAAUUUUUCCCAGAUUUAAAUAAACAUUACCUACUCUUGAUUAUUCAAUUGGGUUUGUUCAGCGCUUUCCAUAAGUUUUCUGUGGUAUUGAAGUCUGGAUUACAGGAUGUCGAUUUCCAAGUACUUCAACAAAUAAUUUCUGAAAACCAGUCUAGCAUAUGAAAAGAUGGCAUUAUCUUGCAUUAUCCCAUAUAUAAAUCAAAAGGGCCUACAUGCUGUUAAUGAAGUGUCAGCGGUAAUAAUUCCCCAGUAUUAGGUCGUGUAUAUUGUCAGUAAAUAUCUACUCAAAUCAUGAUAUUAGUCCUUUUUCAAAUAAUGUGGUGUUUUAAAAGUUGCAUUGCGUUCAUUGUGUCUUUAAAAUGACAAUAUCUGGACCCAUCUGUAAAUAAAACACAUUUCUAGCCAGACUGAAUACUUCUUGUUUUCCUGCAAAAUGACACCUUCUUCUUUGUUAAUCAAAUAGUGAUAUAGGACACCAGAGAGCAAUUCUAGAUUUCAAAUUAGAUUCUUCUAAGUCUAAAAUCGAUAAGUUCCGGCACUGGUAAACCUUGUACCUCAUGCUGUUGAAUUUGUAGGCUAUGGCAUGUCUCAAAAACUAAGAACUGUGCCUGGAUUGGUGUUGUAAUUCUAUUCCACUCCUGUUCCUUUGGUCAUAAUCUGUUUCUUCCUAUGUAGGACCUGCUGUUGUUCCAAGUUCCAAGGACCAUUCCCGUAAUAGUGCCAUUUAGACACAUUCACUGCGAUUCAAAUUUAAAAUUAGUGUUACAUUAAUUUUUUGGAGGAGUAUAUUAACAAUACAUUAAUUCAACCAAAUAUUCAAAACUUAAAUAACUUUUUAACUGUUGCAUUUAUUUUGUACUUUAGAAAAUGUAAGUGAUUUCAUUGAAAUUCUUUUAGUAGAGAAACGAGGUAAAUUUAGAUAUUUGUGAUCAAACUAAAUCUAUUGCAACUUCAACUAAUAAAGAUACUAGGUAACUAAAUAAUCAUCUAGAUUAAGAAGCAUCAACGAGGAAAAAUAUUAAUAAAAAAACUUAGUGGGCACAAUUUAUUUUAAGAAUUUAUAAUAGAGUACUGAUUACAGGGUGUUCAAAUGUUCUAAAAAUUUCUAAUUUUUUUGUCUAUAAUUUUUGUUAAUAGCUAUUAUACAGAAUACUAUAUCGAAUCACCUAUUUCUAUUUCAUACAAAGUAUCCUCAGAAUAUUCCGGUAUUCAAAUGGCCUACAAAUAUAUCUUUGACAGGUGUCCAUAUUAAUAAAUAAUAGUUCAUUCAUCUAAAUUGUCUCUCAAGUAUACUGCCGCGCCCUGUAAGUUAAAAUAUUAAACAAUAUCUUUAGAUUUUAGAAUCAUCACUCUAUAAUAUUGAAUAAAAAUGAUUAAUACAAAUUUACAGUAGGAUGUUUACAAUAUUCUAAAUUUUACGAAAGUUACCAAAAAUAGUGAUAUAUGACUUUUAUUCUACAGUAAAACAAGAUGUUUGAUUUUAUAUCAAAUUGUCUAUUAUUCCAUUUUGAAGGAAAUCAGUUAUAAAUUUGCUUAUUUUUUAAAUAAAGAAAAAUCAUUUAUACACAUGGUGUAUUAUCGAAUUUAGUUACUGAAUCGGUCAUUUCAAAAACCUCAUAUGUCACUCAUUUAGAAUUUUUCAAAAAUCAAUAAAAACUGUUUCAAAUACAAACAAAUGAGUUUUCAAGAACUUUUUUUGUUUAAUUUAGUAUUUGAGUGGUAAAAAAUUAAAAUAACGAAUAAACUUUACAGUUUAUUGAUAGAAAUAAUGAAAAAAACAUAAAAAACAGUUCUUGAUAUAUGUUGUUUUAACGGGGCUAAAUGGUAAAUAAUGUAAUCAAAACAAUAGUAGUAAUUAUAUUUUUUAAUGCUUAUAAUACACUUAAAAAUAAUCUUAUUAACGUUUUACAUGUAUUAAUUUGUCAUGUUUUAAUGCAUUUAUGGUACAUAGUCAUAUUCUCCAUCAUUUUCUUUUGGACUAUCUUCAACAUUUGCAGGUGGCCAGUUAAAAAUGUUAUAAAACGGCAUAUGCUCUCCUGAAAUACUGACUUGAACUUGUUUUAAAUCGUAUAUUUUCUUUUUAUUGAUGGGCACUUUCAAAGCAUAGGCUUUGGUUGAUGGAAGUGAAACCGAAGUUAUAAUUUUUUUUAUUAAUGAGAAUGAACGUUUAAUCAAUCCAUCAAUAUAUUCCUCGGCUACGAUAGUUCCUUUCGAUCUGAAUCAUACUGAAAACUCAUGUAUGUCAAAGGUGCGAAUGACUUUUUCUGGUCCUUUGAGACUUUUUUUUCAUAGGAUUUAGUUGACAAACAUGUGUUUUUGUACAAAUUUAGCCACCAUUUCUCAAAUUCUAAAACAUCUUCAGUUUUUAGCUCUAUGACUGUAAAUGUUGAGCUGGCGUUCGAAACCAAAUCAAUGUAUUCGUCUGGGAUCAUACUCACCGAUAAACUCUUUCAAAUGUUUUAGAGUCAGUCAAAGCCAACAUAAAUCUCAAAAAUGUAUUAUUUUUAUUUUGACCAGGGCAGCCGUCGGAUAAAAGAUAUAAAUACUUAAUAUGUGGCCCAAUAUUAUUUUUUAUGUAAUGCAUCAACAUUGAACCUCAUUGGCUCAUUUGUUAGCAAUAUCUUCGUGAUACAUUUAAAAUGUCGAUUUGCUUGUUUUUAAACCGUUAAUACCAAAACAGUGAAACUGUAAUUGCCGAAAAUAAAAAAUGUUUUGUAUAGGUAUGCGAGGCAAUGGUCGAUUUUGUAUAAAAUCAAAUGUUAUAGCUGCAACAUCAUCUUGUUCCUUACAAAGAUCUUGAACUCAUGAAAUUUUGUUGUAAAACUUCUUGGCAUGUCUUUUAUGGAUCAUUAGCUGGGCUUCUACCGAACGUUUUGCAUUUUCUGAUAAGUUUGAUUGUUUUAUUUUUGUUGAUAAUUCUUUGCAAGUUAUACAUUUGUCGACUUGUGGUCGACCAAAUCUUAGGGAAAAGUUUUCAUUAAAGUAUUGUAAGUAAAAUUUGUAUUUUACACCGAGAUCUGCAUAUUUUUCGUUAAAGAUUGAAUGCAUUUUUUUGACAUCCAAUCGUGCAUCGAGAUAUUCUUCUCCCCUAGGAAAGAAGACGAUGUGUUCAUGUAUUUUUUGGCAUAUUUCAGAAGGCACUGUAUUUACUUUCGGGUGACAACCUCUGUUAUCUGUAGGACUCUUCCCUUCAUUAAGCAAAUCACAAAGACAAGUGAACUUCAAAUAUGACAUUAAUGGCGAUGGUUUACGAAAUAUUGUUAAACCAAUCAAAACAAAGCAAAUUUAAAAAAGUCCUUCCCAGUCAUAAACUCUCCUGCCAUCUAGUAGUGCAUGCCUUGUCACUGACUAAUGUUUAUACAAUGAACAUCUCUCACACGGUAUUAUGGAAACAGGAAGGAAUGUAUUGACUUCGUGGUUUUCACCUAGAAUGCGCAUUUUCAUUUAAGAAACUAUUUUGAGUAAAAAAGGCAUUUUGAAAAAAAUGUUACUUAAGAAGUUUUUGAAAUGACCGAUUCAAUUAAAUUUUAUAUUCAUUCAUUUUGAUCUCUACAAAGCAUCUGGUAUUAGCAAUCAUGAAUUUUUGUUGAAAAUAUUAUGAAAAAUAAAAUAUUCCAUUUAAACAAUUUUAGUAGUUAUUGAACUGUGUUUACCCAGAAUGUUUUUUAAUUAUUUAAACACAUUUUAUCAUAAAAUCAAACAUCAACACGAUUUAGCUAAAAUCUAUUUUACUCGAAAGUUUUAAGCAUACUUUAUGUAUUUAUUUAUUUUUAUACAAAAAUUAUCUUAUACUUAAAGAAAACUUGAUCUACUUACAUCAAUAAUUGAUAAUCAAAAAUUAAUUCUCAAUUCUAUAAGAGGAAACAGGCAAUUCUCAAAAGUAUAUAUGUCACAUAAUAUAGUUAUAUCCCUAGCGAUAUAAGUGUACACAGUAUUACUAUCUUACUUAGAGCAUAACUAUAAUACGUUCAAUUUUACUCUUAAAUAAUUAUAUUACUUGAUAAAAUAAUAUAUGUGUAAGCGUACAGUGCAGAAUCCUCGAUGUUGUGACGUUUCCGGGGCAUAUUAAUGGCACUUGUUUCUUAUCAAUUUGAUUUUAUCUAUAGAUAAUGUUUGAGAAAAUAGUUUAACGACUUUUUGGACAGGAACUACAUCUAUUAUAUACUAUAUCUAGGUUCAUAUAUAAAUUUAGUAAUAUAUUGUUUCGAUAGUAAAUUUUUAACCAUUUAAACAGAGUCAUAUAAACAUAUGAUUACACUGCGAUCGUAUUAUCUUUAUUUUCUUAGUAAUAUGAUUAAAUUGCUUUUAAAUUACUAUGUGACAGUAUAUAAUUAUAUCCCUAGGGAUAUAUGUAUAUUACGACUUUAUCUACCGUACUGUUGCACAACAAAAGUUAAGAAUGUUUGUAAAUUUUGAUUUUGUAUUUAAACAAAUUACUGAGUGUUUAUAUAUUAUAUAAUCUAUAUUUUUCAUUUUAUGUGUACUUUUUGUACUCUUUUGCACAAUAUAUUUGCAGUUUGAAACAACAAUUUAAGGUCUUGUAUCAUAUCUUAUUAAAAAUUAAACUACAUACAUAACUUUCCUCUAACAUAAAUUACAGCCAAACAAUACCUAUGCAUAUUUUCAAUCAGGUCGUACCAUUGGUAGAUUUGUCUCCAAAAUCUUGGUUAGGUAAGUAAGUUCUUGAGGUUGGGUUUGGUUGAUAGGAAUUCAAGACUCUUUAUAACUAGUCCUAAGCAUGUUCCAGCAUUAUUGAGCAGCAUGAAACAAACAUAUAACAUUGUUAAUCACUUGUACAGAAAUCUCCGCAGUAAUCUUUCAAUCAAAAAUCAACAAUUCUGUAGAGCAAUUAAAACAAAUACCUCAUCAACCUGCAAGUGUACCAACUCUGGAUGGAGGAACUUCUUACACUUCUUGAUUUGUAACUACUAAAGGAAAAGUCUUUAAACGAACAUAUCGACAUCAGAAUUGUUUCAAUGAAACUGUAAGCAUUCAAAAGACACUGUUGCAUUAUCCCGACAAGUACUGAGAGGUUCUCUUUUAGUAGAUAGAAUCAGAGAACGAUCUUCUGACUCCGACACAUCAAUAAUAUAAUUUAUUACUGGGCAAAUGAUACUUCAAAAAUAGCUACUGGGCUACACUAAUGGAUAUUUUGUGUUACCAAAAAAUAAACUAAGUUAUUUUGCUGUACACAAUUUAUAUUGGUUACCUGAGCUUACUUACUGUCAAUGGUGAUUUAAGAGGAAGAUACUCGUAAUCACAGAGAUACAGAAUGCCUUGUCACCAAAAACUUGUAGUAACGAGGACGUAACACCAUUCCAGAACUCUAGAAUUGGAGUGCGAGCUGUAGCUGGUCUAACGACGAGACCAACUCUAAUGGAGGUCGAAGUGUAACAUUAUUCUUUAUAUUAUGAAAUGAAUUCAAUCUAAUCCUGCUUUGGACAAUUUCUAAUGUCUUUCGAUUUAAUUUGUAAUCUCUUUGAUGGUGGGCAUUAAUAUUUUAUAAAUUUUUAUAUUAGGACAAAAGCAUAUUGGUAGGUAUAAUGAUUUGUCAUGAGCCAUAAUCUUCUAGGUAUUGUUCUGUUUCUUCCACAACUGAUUUUCAUACCAUGUAAAGGCUCUCAAUAUCAAACUUGUUUGUUGACUUCUUAAUUAUUGAUUGUAGUAGAUAAAGGUUUGUGUUAAAUUUUAUAAGCUUGCCAUAUUAUUUAUCUGAUUUUUUAUUAUAAUUAUUUGUUUGUUCCAUUUCUGCAUUUUAUUUUGUAAAUCCUAUAUUAUGACUGUACUAAACUAUUUAUUCACUUUGUUUUUGUAUAAAAGAGUAAUAUAUUGAUUUGUAGA